AUGGCUGAGAAGAUUCUUGUUAGACCCCCUAGGAUGGUGGCGCCGUCAUCGAACGACUCACCGGGGAACUCCCUUGCCAAAAGCCUGCGACUUUAUGGAAUUGAUCCAAAUGCAAAUUUGUUUAAGAAAAUUGUGAAAUCCAAGGCUGUUUGGAAUGGUUAUACUCACAAAGUUAAUGCAGAUGCUUUUAAGUUUCGCUACAAAGGACUUGAUAACUCUGAUGAACUGACUUCCUUAUUCAAAGAAGGAUAUGCAACUGGAAAAAAUGCUUGGGCACCUUCGGAAGGAUCUCUACCAAAUGACUCUAUUGGAUCGUGUCAAACUCAAGCAAGUCAAUCUCCAAAAAAUAAAACAUACGUAAAUCUUGAGGUGCAAGGUGAAGAACCAAAUAAUGUAACCAAAUCCAAUAAGAUGAAAAUGACAUUGGGAAUGCUACAUGUGCACUUUGAAAUUAAAUAG